UAUGAUGGAUUUUUGACCGACACAAUAUCGUCUUCUUGUUGUUAAGAGAUGGCUACUUUCGGGCAAAUCAUCUUCUACAGCAUGAUCGGGCUCAUCGUGGUGUUCGCCGCCAUCAUCGUGCUCACCUUGACUCUGGCCUUCACAGAUAACUCCACGGUGGUGAUGAGCAGCAACACCAAGCCGGUGGCCAACCUGGGCGAGGACGAGCUGCUCAGCUGCUACCUCCACACCAACACCUUCCAGGACCGCUUCAGGGACAUGUCGGUCACCUGGCAGCGGACGGACCUGGAGGGGCUGGUCUACCUGUACCAGAACGCCGCGCCCGUCCUCCAGGACCAGGCCUCGCAGUUCAGAGGCAGGACUCACCUGUUCCCCGACGCCGUGAUCGCCGGCAACGGGUCUCUGCUGCUGAGGAGCGUGAGGAGGAGCGACGAGGGGACGUACACCUGCAGCAUCGGGUCGGCCGAGGGCCACGGCCGGGUCAGCGUCUACCUGAGGACGGCAGCUUUUUCGGCGCCGAACUUCACCUUCUCCAACAACACCCUGGUGGCCGAGGCCCAGCGCUGGUUCCCGAAGCCCAACGUCACCUGGUUCAACCAAUCCGGGAGCGUCCUGAACGGGACGACGACGUUCGAGGUAAUCGACAGCGGGAUCUUCAGCGUGGUCAGCCGGCUGCAGGAUGCCCACGUCUACGACUCGUACAGCUGCAGGAUCGAGAACGAGCUGGUGUCAGCCACUUCUGAGGAAACCAUCAAAGGCAGCGGUGUUUCAGGGAAAACAUACAUCACGUUCAGCGCUGCGUCGUCCCUCCUGGCGUCACUUUACCUGAACAUUAUCCUCUGCAUCUGUCAUGUGACCUGA